AUGGAUGAAACGGAUCUAAAAAAAAUGUCAAGCAAGAAAAAGAAGAGGUUUGAAAGAUUUUUGCUAAAGAAGCAAAAAAAAGAAGAACGCAAUGUCUUACUGGAACAACUGUCGAAAUCUUCUUUCUCCUCGGAAUUGAUGAAGUCAAGUAGAAAUUUGGGAAGGAAGAAAGACACGAUGAAAGAAAAACUUCACAGAGCAUUUCACGAGAGACGCCUCGGUUUGCCUCAAUCCGAUCCCAGUGUCCCGCUGUUUGUGGAUCAAGAGUCCGCUGAUACUCGGACGAAUUUAGACAAAGAUACAUCAAAUCACAAGAACACGCAUUCCGUUUUAGAACAGGCGAUCGCCGAGACCCCUCUAAAUGCACAGCGUUCGUUCAUCGGGAGUGCUUUGAAACGUGGUCCGGAUGGAGAGCUUGUGAUGCCUGUAACGAAAAAAAAGAAAAUCAAAAGAUCAAAAGGAAAACAGACGAAGCAAAUUCUUGAAGAUGAAGAUUCGUUCGAUAGUUCCGAUUCACAAUUUGACACUGAUGAUGAUACAGAUCCACCCGAGGAAAAUCCGGAGCCGCCUGAAUUGACCUCGAACACGAAAAGACAAUCAUUCAAAGAAUGGGCAAUUGAUCAAAUGGGAAUUAGUAACGAUGACUCAUCAACCACCGUUCUCGCUAUUGGCACUCAAGAGAUUGAUUCACAAAGGAUACCUGAUAGACAGGAUUCAGCACUUCAAGAUGGUGUUGAUAUUACAGCGGGCGGGUGUAAUGAAGUCGAUAAGCCUGAGAAAAAGGAAAAGGAUCAAACAAUGCCUGUGAAAAAAGCUUUUUAUGUUCCCGUAAAAAGGAGCACGAAGAUACAGACGGCAAGAAUGGAAUUGCCUAUUUACGGCGAAGAACAAGUGAUCAUGGAAUCCAUAAGUAGCCAUUCAGUUGUAAUUAUAUGUGGUGAAACUGGCUCAGGAAAAACCACCCAAAUACCUCAGUUUUUAUAUGAGGCCGGAUAUGGAAACCCGGAGAGCGGUAAACCUGGAAUUAUCGGCAUUACCCAACCUCGUCGUGUUGCCGCAGUGAGCAUGUCGAAACGAGUUGCACAAGAAUUGUCACUCAGCGAGCAAGAAGUCUCAUAUCAGAUCCGCUACGACGCGUCCACUUCACCAAAGACUGUCAUAAAAUUUAUGACCGACGGCGUUUUACUACGUGAACUUUCCAACGACUUUUUGUUAUCAAAAUAUUCGGUCAUUGUGAUCGAUGAAGCUCACGAAAGGAAUUUAAAUACGGACAUCUUGAUUGGCGUGAUUAGUCGAGUACUGCGAUUACGGAAAGAAUUGAGCGAAGAGAAGAAUUCGAAAGUCAAUCCACUAAAAGUAAUAAUAAUGUCGGCAACUCUACGCGUUACCGAUUUUACAGAAAAUAGGAAUUUGUUUGACAUUCCUCCUCCGGUGGUUAUUCAUUUUAACAAACGAACCCCGCGUAUUGACCAUGUUACAGAAGCAUACAAAAAAGUUUGCAAAAUUCACACGAGGCUUCCGUACGGUGGAAUACUCGUUUUUUUAACCGGGCAGAAUGAAAUAUCAGUCUUGUGUAAGAAACUUCGAAAAAAGUUUCCCCUGUUGACCACAAAUCAGCGAAAUAAACUAUCGUCCGAAAAAGUGUCGGCGGGAGAAGAAAAUGAAGAACCUAAUGAAAAAUUUACCUCCAAAGAAACAAAUCUUGAGGUUGAAGAGCUUGAUAUUGGUGAAAAUGAACCGGAAUAUGACGACAUUUCUCCGAGUUUUGAUACUGACUCUGAAGAAUCGGACAGCGAAUUUGAUUAUGGUGAACUAGAAGAUGUCCAAGAUUCAAAUGAUCCUCUCCACGUUCUUCCGUUGUACUCUUUGCUCCCUACUCGCGCACAAUUACGCGUUUUCGAGACGCCGCCCAAAGGAACCCGUCUUUGCGUGGUUGCCACUAACGUGGCCGAGACUUCAUUGACCAUCCCUGGUGUGAAAUACGUUGUCGACUGCGGGAAGGUCAAAGAGAGAGAGUAUGAUGUUAAUACGGGUGUUCAAUCUUAUGAGAUCGUUUGGACUUCAAAGUCGUCGGCGGACCAACGUGCCGGUCGUGCGGGGAGAACAAGUCCGGGUCAUUGCUAUCGUCUUUAUUCAUCGGCCGUUUAUAACGACCAAUUUCAACAGUACACGACCCCUGAAAUCCAUCGAAUGCCAAUUGAAGGGGUCGUGUUACAGAUGAAGUCCAUGAAUAUUGAUAAUGUCGCAAACUUCCCUUUUCCCACCCCACCCGAUCGUGAUCAACUGAGGAAAGCAGAGAUGAUGUUGAAGCACAUGGGCGCAUUAGAUGACAAAGGACGAAUUACAGAUCUCGGGCGCACAAUGUCGGCCUUCCCUAUUAGUCCCAGAUUUUCGAAAAUGUUGAUCACCGGCCAGCAACACGGUUGUCUGCCUUAUAUAAUUGCAAUUGUGUCGACAAUAUCUGUUGGAGAUCCUUUCAUAAAAGAUUAUCAUGUGGAUUUCGAGAAUUCCGAUGAAGAGGAUGAUGACAAAGAUGACGAGGAUAUCUAUGGAAAGGAGUUAAAUGUGAUCCAAAAUGAUGAUUCAUAUCAAAAAGAGCGUCGAAAGUUGGUCAAAUCAAAGUUUUACAAUGUUCAGAAGAAACAUGCCGGACUUGAACCCACCAGUGAUUUACUAAAAUUAUUAAAUGUCGUUGGUGCUUAUGAAUAUGCGGGAGGUACAGAGGAAUUUUGUGGUAAUAAUUUUGUCAGGCCAAAGGCCAUGCAAGAAAUACACAAAUUGAGGGGGCAACUCACAAAUAUUGUGAACAAUAAUUGUCCCGACACAAACGUCUUUGUGGACCCGAAGAUGAAGCCACCCUCUGCUUUACAGCUUAAAGCUUUGCGACAGAUUAUUGCGGCCGGAUUUAUAGACCAAGUUGCUGUGCGCAAGGGGUUAAUAGAUAAUACGACUAGAACAUUCUCUUCUACGAGAAAUGUUGCCUACAAAACAAUGUGGUCGGAUGAUGAUGUUUUUGUGCAUUCUUCUUCCGUAUUAUACCAUGAAAAACCGUCGGACUACGUGGUCUAUCAGGAAUUGCAUAAGACAAACAAAGUUUGGAUGAAAG